UCUGCUGUCGGAGUCUUUCUGUCACUUUGAGUCCGACCAGGAUGAAGAUGAGGGUCUCUGCCCUGAGAACAGCUGCUGCUCUGCUCUCACCUGUUACACCUGCAGCCCAGCCCCUGGUGCGCCUCUCUUCAUACUCCCCCCAGGAACACUCGACCUUCUAUGAGUUCCGUACCUACAGCGUUCAUCCUCACCUGAACGCCGCCUUCCUCAAGCUGACCAAUGAGAAAAUCCAACUUCGUACCGCCCACUCUCAGCUGAUUGGCUACUGGAGCGUGGAGUAUGGUGGUCUGAAUAAAGUCUUCCAUAUAUGGAAGUAUGACAGCUAUGCCCAGCGCGCCGGUGUUCGCUCCGCCCUCUCCAAGGACCCAUCCUGGCUGUCAGACUACAUCGCCAAGGCAAUCCCGAUGCUGUCCUGCCAGGAGAACGAAGUCACAUACCUGUUACCGUGGAGUCAGUUGAAGACGCCACCACAGGAGGGCGGUGUGUAUGAGCUUGUCUCCUACAUGAUGCGUCCUGGUGGGCCAGCUGUUUGGGGUGACGCCUUUCAGGCUGCCAUCAACUCCCAUGAUGCACCAGGGUACGGCAAGCUGAUUGGUGCAUUCCACAAUGAAUUUGGACCAAUGAACAGAGUCCACGCCCUCUGGUGGUUUGAGAGCCCCGACCAUCGAGCUGGGAUCCGACACAAGUCUCACACUGACCCUCGUGUGGUGGCUGCAGUGAGGGCCAGUGUGGCUCACCUGGACUCUCAGCAGAACCUGCUCAUGUUCCCCCUUCCCUUCUCUCCUCUGAAGUAACUUCCUGUUGGCCUCUGUAAUCUCCACCCCAAUUAACUCGACUCAACUUCUUGUUUAUUGGCGUUCAGCUUUUAUUUUGAAAGGACAGCUGAACACAGAAAGAAAUCACUAACCCUGGGAUCAGAGUUCCAUCCUGUGUGUAUGUUUACUCAGGAUAUGGGCCUGACUCUACCUUCCACUUAUCUGUCAAUGUGAGUGACAACUGUAUCUUCCAGUCCUGAGACAGUGGGCGGGGCCUAGCUUGUUCCCUUUAAGACAUCUGUGUGAAUAAACUGAGAUGUGAACAUUUGA